GCUCAGUGGGAGUGGAGGUGAUGGAUCGCGAGCCACUGCGCUGUGAACGGUGUGCGGGACUGACUGCGGACGCACCGGAUCCACGGUUGAGCGCCGAACAACUCCAAACAAGAUCCGAGGCUAAAAGACGCGUCACUGACUCGCGAGGGAAGCGCCGAACUGCUGGAGUUUCCCGAUCUGUUUAUAUCCUUGAGACGAAACUGUGCGCCCCUUUCUGCACGCGAGCCGGGAGCGGACAGUAGCUGAUAUCCCGUCUAUCAACAUGCACUAAAACGGCCAGAUCGUACAAUAUCGGAAGCAGCAAGUCUCGGGAGUUUACUUUUCGUGGUCCUUUUCGAAAGAGAAUCCAAAUGGAAUUGGACAGACAUUUUUGGCAGUCCUGUGACUGACAGUUGGACACUUUGAACAUGGAUAUAGGGCGAUAAAUUUCGGACGAGAACUGUUGCAUAUCUAAAGCGCAUCUCUAUGAUCUGGGAUCAAAAGCGAAAGGAGUCUAAUUUUAAAUCUGACACAUGAGCAGGACCGGAUUUGUGCACCAACCCGAACCCCAACGCGGGAUUGAUGGUCCUUAUACCUGUGUGCAUGUCACUCACCCCCUAUCUAGCGUGAUCUGACCUUUUACUAGGCUACUAGCUCAACUAAUAGAUGAGUACAAUAAAAGAGUCAGGCGCUGCCGUCUACCUAAGUGCAAGGUAGCAGCGAUUUUGGUAACAGAGAAACGUUGGCCCAGAAGCCGCCUGUGCAACGUAGUGCGACACCUUUUUUCCUCCAGGCAACGCUAGAAAAUUUGGAUUUGGAAGUUGAGCCAUGGAGCCCCUCCGCCUGGACGCCUAACCUCCUCUGUUGCAUGUGGUUCGGUAACCGGGAGUACAGUCGAUCGAAAGGAUCUAAUCUUCUUGCUGGCUCGUGUCUCUCCGAGAACAGUGUAAGAUGGCUGGAAGUGACGGCUCGUGGAAAUAUUACCUCUGGAUUCUGACAGCCAUGUGCAGAUACGCGUUACCCGCAGCCAAAUCACUGGAGUCUGUCGUGUGGAAUUCACAAAAUCCCAAGUUUGUGUCUGGGAAGGGCUUGGUGAUCUACCCGGAAAUCGGUGACAAACUGGACAUUAUCUGCCCCAAAGGGGAAAUGGGGAGACCGUAUGAGUUUUAUAAACUCUACCUGGUGAAGAAAGAGCAGGCUGAGUCGUGCAGCACCAUACUGGACCCCAAUGUUCUGGUGACCUGCAACAAACCAGAGAAAGACAUCAAAUUCACCAUCAAGUUCCAGGAGUUCAGUCCAAACUACAUGGGACUUGAAUUCAAACGCUUGACAAACUAUUACAUCACCUCAACUUCUAAUGGAACACAGGAAGGGUUGGAAAACAGAGAAGGUGGGGUUUGUAGCACGAGAUCUAUGAAGAUCAUCAUGAAAGUGGGCCAAGAUCCAAAUGCACCAGAUCCAGAUUUAACAGACCUCCCAGACCAGGACCGGGACAAUGAGAUCAAGGACCCCACAACCAGCCCUUCCCGCAAGAUAGACCGAGGCAGAGACGCAGAUGGGAACGGAUCUAUAAUGCCCGGCAGAGACACGAGAAACCAGGAUAACAGUCCCGGGUCAGUGGAAGGAAUUUUCGGCUCUAAACCGGCCCUCUUCGCUGCCAUCGGAGCUGGCUGUGUCAUCUUCCUCCUCAUCAUCAUCAUCCUCAUCGUCUUGCUCCUCAAGCUUCGCAAGAGAACCCGCAAGCACUCACAGCCCAGGGGCGGGACUGCCCUGUCACUCAGCACUCUGGCCACGCCCAAAGGAGCCGCCCAGGCCGGCUCAGAGCCGAGUGACAUCAUCAUCCCCCUGCGGACAACAGAGAAUAACUACUGUCCACACUAUGAAAAAGUGAGCGGAGACUAUGGGCACCCCGUCUACAUAGUGCAGGAAAUGCCACCCCAGAGCCCCGCCAAUAUCUACUACAAAGUCUGAGGGAAAGCGAGCGAAGUAACCGCAAUAAGAACUCGUUUUUGUAAGGUAUCCUGAAUCUUUUUUUCAUUACCUAACCCUGUCUGCUCCGUGUGCAAGAGGAUUGAGAGGGAGAAGUGGAAAAGAGGAAUGAAAAGGACUACACGGAUGACAUUCCUCUCAGAUUUCCUUCCCUCCGUCCCUUUUCCGAACACUACACUGUGUGUACGUGUGUGUGCCGGUCGCUCUCGAUGUGUGUGAAACGGCACAGAAAAACCUCCCCAAAUUGCGUGGCACUCAGGCACGGACUUCACUGCUGAAGAACAGCCGACAACCAAUCACAGAGGGACGCUAGAGUGACAUCACAAAGCAGGAAGCUCUCGUUUGUGUUUCUUUUGUACCGUUGCGACUCUUCGCUUAGUUUUUUUUUGUCUGUUUUACAUCUCUCAAUCCAUCACAGUGUUUUGUUUUUAUCAGCAUCAACUCGAUUCUUGCAGCUUUCACAGUGUCUCGCUCAGAGAAAAUGUCUUAAACACUGUUACGAAUGCCUCUCUCUUCCUCACACACUCAGUAUGUCCUCUCAUUUCCUUGCGUCUCUCCAGACACUCAUUCAUUUUACAUGCUGUAGAGGCAAUUGAACAAAAACACGCACUCGCACUCGUACACACUUCGGUGUUCACAGGUCAGUAACAAACAGCUUCUCGGUGGAAAAGCGCGCGAGUGAAAUAGGGAAUUUAAUACGUAAACACCAGUGUCAGACCUUCCAGAACUCCCGGUCUGCUUUUUGUUCAUUUGAGAAUCGUUUCAGUUGAAAUUCUCUCUCCUCUCAGCCGAACACAAGUAGUUAUUUGCUAUCUGUUGUCAGUGAUGCGUGAAGUGCUGAAUAAUAUUUGUAUCUUGUCAUAAUUUUUUUUCUUAUUCUAUCUCCCAAAGGUUUGUAGGUCAAAAACAUCUUUAGGGAUUUGCCUCUACACCAUGAGCCUAUGACCUCUUUUCAGUCACAGACAUGCUAACGCGUAUCUUUGCAUAAUUUAGUUCACUAACAUGUCUUUUUUUUUUUUUCGUCUGUUUGGAUGUAGACAUGGGCUCUAACAGUAUGACCGUGUGUAUGUGGAGUCCCAUGCAGAAGCCAAAAAUCCAUCGACAUACAGAACAUGUGAAAUUAUGCCUUCACCUCUCCCUCCUUUCAGAUAUGCACAUAAAUUAUCCCUGUUUGCAUACAAACACACAGAAAAAAAACCCCAUCCACGAAUCAGAGAAUCAAAACAAGCUCACCAUAUCAUCCUGGAAAAUCUAGUGCUAGAUCUAUUUUUAUAUGGAUUGCACGUGAAAUGAUAAACAGCAAACAGUGGCGGCAGGUGUGUUUACGCCUAUGCUAAUUUCAAAUUAGCAGCAUUUGCAUCUGGCCUCCAGCGCAGCCAAUCAGAGGAAGCCCAAUAUUUCUCUGUAGCUUUCUCGUAAAAUAGAUUUUUAAAAUGAUAUUUCGAUUAGGGUUUAUUGUUGUUGUUUUUUUUUUUGUUGUCGUUUCUUCUUAAUUUAGUUUCUAAGGCCCGAGAUUAUGUAAAUAAUGUAUGUUGGGAAAAAGUGUUGAUAUAAAGUUCCAUUUUAUUAGAGACCCUGUUAAUGAAAAUAUAAUUAGGAUUUUUGAAAAUGCAAAAGCUUUUGUAAAUAGUCUUUUUUGGAAAAAGACAUUUUGUAAGUAAAAUGUUUCCUGUCUCAUGGUUUCUUCUUUUUAUUUUCCUUUUUUUCCCUCCCUGUUUCAGUUGGUUUUUGAUAAAGGAGACUUAGAGGUCCCUGUACAACGGGUUUUAAAAGGUCAGCCUAAAGCAGCAAAAACACAUACAACAAGCCCCUUCACAUACAUACACACUGACACACACUUUAUCCUCCCUGUUUUACGAGGGGAUGUUGGUAUUUUUAUUUUGUUUUGUUUAGUUUUUUACAAAUGCUGUGAUGGAACCAGGUCAAAUAUUCCAUGACAUAGUUCAUAAAGGAGGAAAAAAGGAGAGAGAGAGAGUUAUUACUCAAGAAAUGCAUAAAUACCUACACACACUUACUCUUACUGACUGACCCAGCAGUCGUUCCUAUAGCACACAAUAUAGAUACACAUAUAUACACUAUCAGACACAGGGCAAGCACCAGCAAACUUCUUUAACAAAACUAAACCAGCAACAGCUUGUGCAACUAAACUAAUAAUUUAUGUGUGUCUGAGCUGUUUAAGGCAGUUCAGGUCUUUAGGAUUGACCUUAGAAGAGCACUUUUUUUUUUUAAUUCAUGGCUUUGUUUUUUUUUUUUUUUACCCAUAGAAAUGCACAUGGGUGCACUGACCGUACCAGUCAGCUUAUUAAAGUGGAUCAGUCGCGGUAUCACACUGCAACAAAAUCAUUUUCUUGCAUAGUAAUUUUGUCUUGUUCUCCAGUACAAGUAUCUAAGUAUCUCCUAAACAAGAAAUCCAAGAGUCUUUGGUGAGAUCUAUGCUUAAAUAACGAAAUACAGUCCUACAUAUUUAGAUACUUAACUGGAAAAAUGCUUUUUUUAGCAGCGUAUUAACAAAUGUUGACCCCAAUUUUACCAUAAACAGUAGCUUUCUCUGUACAUGUUUAACAGGAAAAGCUGUGAAUAUUUUGUGUAGUUUUAUGGAUCUGCACCGCUGUAGUGGGAUCUUAUUCAGUCACUGACUGUCUUUUGCUGCAGGCUUUUUGCAGCUUAGCUUACACAUUUGGUUUGCAGCACUCUUAACAGCUGUAAGGUAUAUGCUUCCUUUGAUGAUCGUCUGUAUCAUAACAAUAAGGUGAAAAAAAAAGAGUCAGCCAUCUUGUUUAUCAGAUUAGACUUGAGGCUUUCCUCUCUAAUGCUGCGGUCAGACACCUGUGACAUUGUGUGGAUCUCACUGACAUCUGUUAAUAACAUUUCUCCCAUUGAGGUUGACUUAUUUGAGGAGAACUUACUUAAAACCCAAGCAUUCACACAAACAGACGCGCACACACACACACACACACACUCGUACACACACUCCCCCUCAGGCAAAGAGACAGAUUGGUGGUGACUUUUGACCCUUUAAGGAUUAUCACAAUAUUAUGAGAGAGACAAAUCUAAUGAGAAAACCUUUUCUCUGGCCUAGAUCCAUCCUAUCACACACAGUUCAUUCACUUACUCUCAAAAUUUACUUGUUCAUAGAGCGGGUCAAUGCAGUGCUGAUGCCUUAGGCCAACCGCGACUCCCACAAAAAAAAAAAAACCUUCACAAAAAAAAAAAAAAAAGCUUGUGCUGCACAAUGUUUCCUCCUGCUGUUGCUGAUUUUUUUUGUUUUUUAUUAUUAUUAUUCAGUGAACUACAUUAUUAUUGUUAUAAUUUUCUUUUACUAAGAUUUUGUUGCAGAUUUCAGUAUUAUUGAUUUAAGUUUUGAUGUAUGUGUUGGCAGUGCUGAUGCCCCUGUGGCGACAGCGUUUUCUUGUUUUGGUAGAAUUCACACAGUGUCCUCAGAGUUCCCCGAUAUAUGACACUAAAGCCAAGUCUCAGCCCUCAGAAAGCGUUUUAAAAGGAUAAAUAAAGUUUUUUCCUAUGGAA